UCCCAAAUAUUCUUGGCGUUAUGUUUCCAUUAAAAGUAGAGAACGAAAAGAGAAAAUAGUUAAGUAAAAAAGAAAAAACGAAAGGAAAACAAAACAAAAGGAUAAAUUUUCUGCAGAAAAUGGGAACCAACAAACAAAUACUUCUUGAAUUCUCUGGUGGUCUUGAAGUAAUUUUUGAUGGAAAGAAGGGAUGCAAAAUUGAAUUAUCUACAACUAAGUUGACAAUAAAGGGAUUAUUGGAAUGGAUGGAACAAAAUAUGUUAAAAAAUAAUGAACGCAAAGACAUGCUUAUCCAAAGAAACACAGUGCGGCCAGGAGUUUUAGUACUUGUCAAUCAAACAGAUUGGGAAAUUAUUGGAGGUAUGGAUGCUGAUCUAAAUGAUGGUGACACUGUUACAUUCAUUUCUACAUUACAUGGAGGAUAAUACGUUAAAUCCAGAAAUAAAGAUGAGCGAUUUCAAAGACCGAUUUCGACGCGGGUUUUUAUGUUUCUUAAUUUUUAAUUUUUUGUCGAAAAAAAGAUUAAAAAUGACUAAAAAAAUAUAAAAUUGAAAGAA